AUGGACGACAUCUACAAGGCAGCGGUGGAACAACUAACAGAAGAGCAAAAAAAUGAGUUCAGGGCUGCCUUUGACAUAUUUGUGCAAGAUGCUGAAGACGGCUGCAUUAGCACAAAAGAACUUGGGAAAGUGAUGAGGAUGCUGGGACAAAACCCUACUCCAGAGGAACUCCAAGAAAUAAUUGAUGAGGUGGAUGAGGAUGGGAGUGGCACUGUGGACUUCGAUGAGUUCCUGGUUAUGAUGGUGAGGUGCAUGAAGGAUGACAGCAAAAACAAAUCCGAGGAGGAGCUGGCAGACAUUUUCAGAAUGUUUGACAAAAAUGGAGAUGGAUACAUUGACUUGGAAGAGCUGAAGAAGAUGCUGGACGCCACCGGGGAAGCCAUCACAGAGGAUGACAUAGAGGAACUGAUGAAAGAUGGAGACCGGAACAACGAUGGGAAAAUUGAUUAUGAUGAAUUUCUGGAAUUCAUGAAAGGAGUGGAGUAGAGCCUGCGGAUCACCUCUCACUUCAUGACUGCCGUUCAGAUUUCGUGUUUAUCCAAACAACAAUUAUAUACUGUUUUUUUUCUAUUCUGUGCCUUUAGUCUCAUCACUUCUGUAUGUAGAUUUUAAUACUUGAGAAAACUAACAUGUUAAGUUCUCGAUCAGCUUGACUAAUACAUUUUCACCCGUAGACCGUAUCAAUGUUAAUGUUAUGGAAUGCUAUAAAAUACUUGUUUGAAAUGAUGGUCCGACAUCCUUUUGUGCCCACCAUACCAUGUGAUAUUUCAAACAGCAACAUUUUCACCAUACCACAAGAACUGAAAGUACCAAGGACAAUUUCCUGAGGGGCAGCUGCCGGAUCACCCAAACUUGAGCCUGUGACCUCUCUCUGAACUCUCUCUGCCCUGCGGAGGAAUAGCCUCAUCUGUCCGUCAUGACCUCAUCUGUGCUUAGUACAGUUGUCAGUGUUGUUUGGAGGGGGGGGGGGAAAC